AGCUGGCUCUGCGCGCCCUAGUCUCCUGUCUCAGAGGCAUUUGUUAAUCCAACACUGACUGGCUGCGAGGUUUUGCGUCUUGUUCAGCGCCCAAACUCCCAAGUGGUGCGUGUGGGCAUGGGUCAUGGUUGUUGAGCGCUCGUCAUGUGAAGGGAUCUUGGUUAAGGGCGGAUCCCCGCCAUGCGCUGGCAGCAGGAGGCCCUGGACCACCCCUGCCUCUGUUCUCCUUCGGUCUCAUUUGCUUUCCUUCGAGCUGAGGACAUGGAGGCUGUUGUCACAUUCAGUUUAAGAUGAAGACCUGGAGCCGAGGAAGUGACUGGCCCAGGGCCACCCCGCCGUGGGUCUUCCCAAGUGUGGCUGUGUUCUGUGCAGAAUUUGCCUGUGACCAAAGUCCCCACUGGGGCGAUUUUCCACAGAGGAGACUGGAGGAGGAUUUAGGAAUUCUGGGUCUUCAGUCUGUCUGUAGAUGUCUCCAGACUUUGCCCCUCACCUCUGUAAACCAUGACUGUUAUGAAUACCGUCACCAGCUCGAUACCCGAGACCGUAAGUCUGUGGACCCACAGCAGGGUCCUCCCGUAUGUUGGAGUCUGGAAGUAGCAGUGAUGGACUCAGGAGAGGACUGUGGGAAGAACCUGCGCUGUUCCUGCGGCUGUUCCGGAUCAUUGCCUUUGAUGAGCUCAGGACGGACUUUAAGAGCCCCAUAGACCAGUGCAACCCUGUUCACGCAAGGGAGCGGCUGAGGAACAUCGAACGCAUCUGCUUCCUUCUGCGCAAGCUGGUGCUGCCCGAGUACUCCAUCCACAGCCUCUUCUGCGUCAUGUUCCUGUGUGCUCGGGAGUGGCUCACCCUGGGGCUGAACGUGCCACUGCUCUUCUACCACUUCUGGAGGUACUUCCACUGCCCGGCUGACAGCUCGGAGCUGGCCUACGACCCGCCAGUGGUCAUGAACGCAGACACCCUGAGCUACUGCCAGAAGGAGGCCUGGUGCAAGCUGGCCUUCUACCUGCUCUCCUUCUUCUACUACCUGUACUGCAUGAUCUACACGCUGGUGAGCUCCUAACUCCCAGGGCAGGUGCUGCAGAGACCAUGGGAGGCCGAAGCUGAGGAGUCCACUUCCGCUGGCGACUGGAUUAGGGUCAGAGAGGGGGCGCAGGAGAAGGCUGGGCGGCUGUGACGUCGCAAGGACCGGGACAGUGCAGCAGCGGUCCGGGUCGCUGUGCCUGUCUGCCGCCCGUGUGUAUCAGUCCGCACUCAAAUCCCACAUACAGGAAGUAGGCGACAAACACUGAACUCCACUGAACCACCAUUGCUGCUUCCCCAACCCACCAUUGUGGAAGACCUCCUGGCCCUGGGAGCAGGUUGGGUGCUGGAAGGCGCCUGCCAAGGACAGACGCCAGUCAAGGCUGUGUGCACAGGGCCGUGGGACGCUGGGGGUGUUGUGGGCCACCUGGGAUGCUUGGUUCCUCCUAACUGUGGCCUCGGCCUGGCCUCUGUGCAGGGCUGGGAUGUGGGUGGCUGGCUGGGGCACCGCCCGGAGUUUGUAGGAUCUGUGCCCGAUUGCUAAAUUCAGAGGUGACUUCUGGAGCGGCUUUGGGGCAGGGUAUUGGCAUGGACUCCUGUCCAGUGUUGCUGGGUGAUCUGGGGAGGGGAACUAAGGGAAAUGGAAUUUUUAAAAUAUUUUCAACACAUUCAGGUGUUUAUUCUUUAGCCUCUCGAGGUAUAUUCUGCUGUUCCCAAAACCAUCAGAGUAACAAACCAGCCAGCCAGAUUUAGAGCUGCCUUUUCAUAAAAGUCCGAGAGCAAUCGGAGCCCAGAGAACCCACACAGUGUUGCCUGGAGCAGACAACAUAACUACAACUGCUGUUUAUUUCAGUGGAGGCACCGGCAAGUUUAGAAUCUUCCUCUUGGGGUUCUCUCCACCUGGGGUGGGUGCAGUGUGCAGGGUGUGAACAGCGAUAAACAGCCUGUUCUGAUGUUUAAGUCAAGCACAGUGGUGCUGACCUUGUUCCCCAUUCUCCUGGCUGAGACCCAGACUACACUGUGUGUCAGCUGCUGUGGCGAGGCCAUGACUCAGCUGUGAGGGGGUCUUGGUGUGCGCUGUGUCCUGUUUUCAUGCUGGUCUGUUCACUGGGCCCCCUCAGUUCAACCCUGUCUGAGCAGGACUUGCUCCAUAUGGUAAGCAGAGGGGACGGUGGAAAAAGUGAAGUUUCAAAAAGGUUCACUGCUUCUGGAAAUUCUACAGAAAACAGAAUGCAGGCUUCUGUUGCUGAUGCACCAACCUGAGGCAGAGCGGUGUUUCAGAGCAGGUGCCUGUCCUCUCUUGACACCCUGGCCCCUGGCAGGUGACUGCUGUGGGUCAUACGGGUCAUACAUCGAUCUCAGGGCCCCUGACCUCACUGGCUCCGUCCUCAGAAGCCAGUCACGGUCACCCUGGAGCGAGCAGGCCUGACCCUGGUUCCCGGAAUGUGGCCCAGGUGAGGCUGUUCUGUUUCCAUACUUGCCUCCUUCCUAGCGGGGCUGGAGUGGCCUCUAACCAGAUGCAAGCAGGAAUGGAAUCAGGAAAUGCAGACUUACAAAGGAAGGGUGGUUGGCAACCCUGCCUCCCAGAGGCUUUCUGUUGGUGCUGUCAGCUUCAGUUUGUACUGUCUCUUGUGGUGAAUGGUAGCGGUUCAAACUUACACGGCUGCUCACAGGCUUCCACACCUCUCAGGACCCUCCUGGCAAUCCUGUGAGGGCAAAACUGUCCUCCGCUCAUGUUGUAGGAGAGAAAACCAAGGCUCGGGUGAAGGGAGAGGGGUGAGGGGUAAGGAGUAAGGGCCUCCCUGUAGCCACGUGGCAAUCACAGCCCUGCUUUUGAACCACACAUCUGACUUUAAAAAUCCAUGUCCUGUGCCUCACCCUGAAAGCCACUUAAGCAGCCCAGAUCCUGCUACAGAGCAAAUGGUGGAUCUGUUUGAAGAGGGAUAUAAAACCGGAAGUUUAGGGGAAGUCUUGGGGGCCCAGCCAUCUUCUGGAGGGAGGGUCUCUCAGAAGGGCUUCCAGUGCCUGGGCUGCUCUUAUGGGGAUGGCAGAGAAGCAGCCAGCUUCCUGAGAAGUAGCUCUGGCUCCUGGCAGGAGUGAUCAAACUUCUAAUCUCAGGGAGAGGUCGGUGGGGAGUGAGGACAAGGUUACAGAGGUGAAGGUCACAAGAAGGUGACUCCGACCGUUAGAGGUCAGCUGUGGAGCUCGUGCCCCAGUAACUGAAAAAUGGACAAAGGAGGUUAAGAGAAAGUCCUGAGAGACAGGAAGGGUCCUAAAAGUGGGCUGCGGCGUGCUCUUUGUCUGGGGUUUUAUACAGGAAAGCGAGCACAUCUCAAGCCUCUCUGGGCCGGGCUGAGGCCAACCUGUGGGUUGCAAGUCCAGUGUCACUGCUGAUACCCAUCUGAGAGGGAAGCGCGGCACAGGGCGGGCGUGCAGAGGAAGCGCCAUGCACUGCAGCUUGGGUAUAACUCCCCAUGUAGAGAGAGCAGAGGCAGCUGGGGAAGGGACCGGGAAGGGAGUCCUGCCCCCAUCACGCCUCGGCUAGGCUUGCGGCAGGCGGUGCUGAUGCAGUGCGUUCCCAGCUGCUGUCUGCUCCAGGGAGGCCACAGGCCUGCUACUCUUCCAGUUCCUCUCAGUCGCAGUGUCUGCCCUGACUUCCCAGAAGCCGGGCCCCCUCUGGCUGCCUCUUAAUUUCUGAGGAGUCUAGUCUGUCUGUACACAAUCAAGGGUGAGCUGCGGCACAGUGCUCGGGAGCUGUGGCCGCCUGCAGUGGGGCAUGCUGCCUCUGUGGCCAGGCUGUGCAGCUCCGGGAGGCAAUGGGACGGAACAGAGGACUCUGACUGACACCAGGAGAGUGGCCAUCCCUGGCGAGCGUGUUGCCGGCUGCAGCUGGGUGUGUGUGGUUGGAGGGUUUGGGCUAUGGCCUUGCCUCUGUAAGAUCGGGGAGCGGCCCCCUUGGGUGCUGUGAUGACGGAGCCUGGCUCGGCCAGCCUGUCUCAGUGGAGGAGGACCAGACACCAUCAGCAGGAAGCUCCCCAGCACAGCAGAGUAGCACAGCCUCCUUCCUCACCGCCCUCCAUCCUGGGGGCCCACGGUCCCAGCCACAGACCACAACCCCUGGCUGACAGAGCUCAGCUCUCCAGGGAGAACCUCCCUUCGUGUUCUAUUUUUAGUUUGGUAAUUGCACCAAUGUGGAAUAGAAUUGUCACGGCUGUGACAGCUUUGUUCUCCCACCAGGAGCUGAAUGCAGCCGCAAAGUGCUUUGACAACAAUGAAUGGCACUCACGCUGGGUCGGCACACAGAUCUGCUUCCUAACCUUUCUCCCUAGGACUCAGCUGCUCUGUUCCAUGCUGAGCUCUGCAGAGCAUGUGGGGUGGAACCUUUGGCCCAGGCUGUGCCUCCUGGGGCUGCUGGGUCCCCAGGCCGGGCUACAGGCUGCUGUCCCUGUGGGCAUGGAGGAGGGAGGAUCUGGGGUGCCCCUGGGGCUCUGCUGGCCCCAGGCAUGGGGAGAGGGCUGGGCAGGUGGUUCCUGGGAACACAGGAGCGGCAAUGGGGUGAGGUGGGUGCGUCAGAGCCGCCCCUGUGGGGGCGUGCAGAGGGGGCAACCCCAGAGUGUGCCUCCGGCUGGGUCUCACCCGCUGGAGUAGAAGCGGGGUCAGAACCGCCCAGCAGAUGGCAUCUUCUGGGCAGUGCCCAUCACCCCAGUUCUUCCUUCCCCUCCCAGUUCUCCUGGCAUCUGGACUCCAAGCCUGUGCAGGAAGGAGGCCAGUGUGGGCUGGAACUGUCUUGCUCAGGCUCUGGGAACCAAGGAUUUUGCUAAGCAGUGGUGACACACAGCUGUUAAAGCCAAGCUUAUGUAAGUGUACGUAAAUUAUAUUAAAAAUCAAAGUCAGAACUCAUCACUUCCUAAUCACCAUGACACACAUUAAUGCCACCCAAGCUUCCUGGGCCACACAGCCUCCUGGAUGAGGAAGCAUUGAGCUGCGGGGGGCAGUGGCACUGUGCCUGUCCCCACCUGGAGUUCGGUGACAUCCCACUAGCAGCUGCAGGUGGGCCAGAGUGUGCCUAGGCCCCAGGGGAGUGUUCACCCACGGGAUGAGCAGAUGCUGCAGGUGUGUGACACGCUUGCUGGCAUACAUCUCCGGCCUGGCAUUGUUGGUUUUGGCCUGAUGCGGCCCCUCAUAGGGGAGAGGUCCUGAUGGAGCAGAGCUGCCCGCCUCAUCCCGAGAGCAAGAGAGAAACCCUCAAGGGCACCCCAACACCUAAGACCCCACCCCUAAAGUCUCCACCACCUCCCAACAGCCCAGCCCAGUAGGAGGGACAUGAACAACCAGACUUCAGCAGGAGGACGUGGCCUGUUAAGGUUCCUCAGGGCUGGGGGAAGGUAGCAUGGCUUCUCUGCUGGCCACGGAAAAGCUCUGAUUUUAGACCCAGUGCUGCAUCUAUGGGCCAGGGCCCCUCCCAGACAGGGCUGUCACUGUGUGUGUGUGUGUGUGUGUGUGUGGCCCCUGUCCAGAACUUGGCACAGGACAUGAGCUCCAUUACUAUGCCUUCUCCCUCCCUCUUGUCACUUGAGCUAAUACACACACUGUGUCCCCUCCCACCUGCACGGGGCUUCUUCCUCCCUUGCUGUGUCCCCUCUGGGUCCGGCUUCCCACUGGACCCCAGAGACCUCAGACGCUGGCCUUUUGGCUUAGAGAUGCAGCAGUUCCAGGAGACUUGUCCUGCCAGCCAGCAAAGAAAGACAGAAAUGCCACCGCAGUGCCACUGUUCAAACAUCAUACCGGGCUGGCCGGAAUCCUUGUCCUUUUCAGAAACACCCCACACCAGAAAAACAUCAUCGCCUUUCUGACUGGAAUAUGUCUGAUGUCAGGAGUGGGAGAAGUAGAGGAAACGAACUCUCCAUGAAAUACUAGUGCCCUUAUCAAACUGCGGUGAGACGGUCAGCUGGGCCUGCCUGGGACAGUCUGCCUGUACCACCACGGCGGCAGCAGCGGGAAGCACAGGGCUUUGGGACACUUUCCCAGGUGUGUCCCACAGGUCCUGGGAGGGACAGUCACUCUGAGGAGGCCAGCAGCGGAAGGGCAGGAGAGAGUUGGAGCAGUGGCCAAGUAAAUGAUGGGUUUUGGUGGAAACACAGCUCCUGAAGUGAUGUGUGACUGGCUUGCCCAGGAGCCAUGGUGGGGUUGUCCCAGCCCUUACCACCCCACCUGGGGAGAGCUAUUUCAUUUAUAGAGGACAGGUGCUCUGAGGGGACAGUUUGAAGACACAUGCUCUGAGGAGUAGUUCAUAGUUGUGCUCUGAGGGGACAGUUCAUGGACACCUGCUCUGAGGGAACAGUUCGCAGAUACGUGCUAUGAGGGGAUAGUACAUAGAUGUGCUCCAAGGGGACAGUUCCUAGACACCUGCUCUGAGGGGACAGUUUGUAGACACGUGCCCUGAGGGAGCAGUGAGAGACUGGAACCUCCCUAGAGCAAGGAAUCUAAAAUCCAUGUCAUGAACCAGGUAGAGAAGGUUCUAGAAGAAGUAUUUAAGGAAUGCAAGAGGCAGAGGACAGAAAUGCUGAAAGCCUCCCCUCUCCCUUCCUGUGGUGUUGGGGCAGUUGCUUCCUGGUGAGGCUUUUAGAGCACUGAGUUCUAUGACCAGGUCCACAGUAGGCUCCCCAGGUUGUCUCUGCUGGGCCUGGGGGGAUAGCUUGCACGACAUUCUUCAGAGUGCAGCAGAGGAGGCAAGAAGAGCUCACCGAGGUGAGGAGUAAGGAGCGAGUGUUUGCCACGGAACAGGGUGGGUCCCACAGCCUCAUUAUCAGCGGUGCUGUGAAGAUGCAGGCCAUGGCCCAAGUUGGACAACAGCACCCAGAAUAAUCGAUCUCCAUAAUUCAAAGGCAGCAAAAAGAGGAAGGGCUGAACUCAAGAGGUUAUGGGUUCCAGUCUCUUUGAGGACAGGCAUUUAAGUAUCUCUAGAGCUGGGCUCUGUCCUUAUUGGGCUCAGGAUCAGUGUCUGCCAGGCUCAGCUGAAUGCUGGGGGAACUUGAAAUCUGCGGGGGUGGAGCUGACCCCGGGUGGAGGGUUGGUGUCCAGCAGGGCACUGGGGAGAGGUCUGUCCCUGAGACACCUGUGGUCAGUGCUUUCAAGGUGGGCCCAGGUUUGCAGGAGGAGCUCACUGCUGCAGAAACCACCCUGCUCUUGGUCUCUGAGUUACCAGGGCCCUGAGGGAGCAGAGGUCCUGAAUCUGUGGGAGUCUCAGGGGGACUAAUGCUGUCAUAUCUCAGGAUGAUGUAGAAAACCUCCAUCCAAGGGAAGAAAAAGGCUGGGCCUCUGGACAGAUUUAUGGGUUUCGGAGAGUUGGGCUAGGGAUGGGGCUGCAUCCCAAGGAGUGGCUUCCAGGCCCCACAGUAGUCCCUGCUUCCUCGAGGGGCCUGCAUUGCACCUGGGUUGGCUCCUAGCAGGGCUCCGGACAGAGGUGGUUCAGGAGCUCCCACUGUGCCCACAGAACCUUGGGGGCUCUCGGGCCAGUGCAUGGAGGGACAGGGCAUGCGUGAGAGGUGGUGACAAGGAAGGGGACAGUCACCCCUCACUGGAGCAAGGUCUUCCUUUGCUCAGGUCCAGCUUUCUGUGGCCUGUCAGACUGGCCUCGAGGGACACCACCUGCCAUCUAUGGAGAGGUCCGCGGCCUGGUGCUAGGCAAGCGGUGGAGAGCGAUUGGAGGGAUUGCCCUGACUCCUGGGUCAGUUCUGUUCAAAGUGGCUGGAGACUCCGGGCCAUAGUCAGCUGCUGGGGCUGGGAUAUGAAUCCAGCCAUCCGUGACCUCUUGCAUCGUUGACUGAAAGGACUAAACUGGACUUCUGACUUGACCUCUUCUGGCUGUAUGAGGUCGGCCACGUUUUUUAACCCUCCCGAAUCCUAGUUUGCUCAACUGUGUGUUGAGUGUGCUAAUCCAUAAUUUUCCAAGGGUGAUGUGGAUAUGAAGUGUGAUCAUUUAUAUAAAAUCAGUUUGUAGUUUGAAAAAACCAGUACCAACAUGAAGGCUUAGCACCACCCUCAUCACGGAUGGAGUUGCCUCUUAUUUGCUUCAUGGAGAGGCUUAAAAUACAGCUGGAUCUGAGUUUCAGGGUGAGGGCUGAGGGGACUGGCCUUUGGGCAGAGGAAAUGGGCUCCCAGCUCUGCUCCCAGGUGCCCACCUGGAUGCAGUAUGGGGGCUAUAGAGUUUCUGAUGCAGUAGUUUUGACCCCUGGGGUCAACAUUUUACUCCAUGUCUAAAAGUGGGCACUGUUCCAGUGCUGAUAAUUUUCCCUGAGAAAGAUAUUUCAGGUGCAGGCUCCACUGGGCCAGUUUAAUUCCUUGGACAAUUUUAAACAUGGCAGCAUUAGACUGUUUCCAAAUUUUUCCAUUUCCAUUUUCCUAAAAUUAUUUUUGCUGAGAUCAAUGACUGUUUGUACAAAAAUUAUGAACAAGAUUAAAUUUAUUAGUCUUCUAAAAUUGUCAGUUUGCCAGUGUGAGUUUCAUGUGGAACUACCAAUUUUACCAAGUCCAAAAUCUCCCAAGUCAAAUGUCUUGCCACCAAGUUCUUAGAUCAGUGUGUGGUCAUCCACAAUUCCCGAUGGGUACCGCGGUCCGUGGACUCUCGGUGGUGCUGAAGGUCUCACUAAAUCUAUUUUCUUCUCCACACCACUAGCUGCUGUAGCCUCCCCACCAUCCACAGGAGGAGUCCUUCAGUAAAUUCACCUGGCACGUGUUGUACCAUGGGCUGCUUUAGACACUGUCAAAUUUAUGUUACUCUGAUUAUUUCCGCCAGAAACAACUGUCAUCGGACUCAGGAAUGGUAGUUCACUAUUUCAUGAUAAACGCUUGUGAAUAUAACUGGCAGCUGUCGGUCAGCGUUUCUCACCAGCUUGGCCACAGGCUGCCAUUCCAGUCUGCUGGGCCCUUCUGGGUGGGUUGGAGGGAAGAGGCCAGGGCCAGGGUGAGGGUCUCCAGAGUGUCCUGAUGUGACCAAAGCCCUGAGAGACGGCGGGGACACGGUGGGGCUGGCUUUAGUGCGGAGACGGAUGUAGAUGGGGUAGGGAGCACAGUGAUGCUGGGAGGGUCGGAAAGUUCUGCAGAAACCCAGGGGAGGUGAGCUGCGGCAUGCAGUGUGGACGGUGCUGCGACCUUUCUCCACGCACUGCAGGGCUUCCACCUCCUGCUGUCACACCUCUGUGUGGCCUGCGAGCAGUGACUUCCCAUUUUAUCCACUGAUGUGCACAGAGCUGCAGUCUGUGUGGCUGGGUCAGAGUUUCCUGGAGGAGGCCUCUGUCUCCCCAGGAGCAGCCCAGAUACUCAGAGGAGAGCAGCAGCCUCCCCUUCUGAGUCCCACUGCAGCCUCAGAAAGAUCUGGAGCACAGCAAUCCUGCAAGCAGGCUCUGCUCAGGCAGUGACAUUGGCACCUUAGUGGUUACAUCCACGCUGCCACCGAGUGGAUGGCAGUUAAGGAAGCACCUGAGUGAUUAAGAAAGAAAGCAUUGCUUUCUUGAAGGGACCCACAGACUGAUGGAUUAUCUGCUGCAAUCCUAAAUAUGUGUAAACUCAUGAAAUAAACACACACAGUUCAGGUCAGCCGUAGCAGGGAAUGGGCAGGUAGAGUGCUUGUGUUAGAUUAUUACUUACAAGUGCAUUCAACCAUGUGAUAAUUCUUAUGUAUUCACUCAUUGUAUUCAUUUAUUCUGUAAAACCUUAUAAACCUUGUAUCAUGCACAAGAUUAAGUGUACAAUGGUGACUAAGAGGAAGCCUUGGAUUACAGCCCUUGCAGAGCCCACUGAUCUACCCAUCCAUCCACCCACCCAACCAUACAUCCACCCACC